UAUGUUUAUGGUUAUUCUGUGACUGAACUCUUGUUCAGAAUUAAAAAAAUCAAGAUGGCUGAAACAAAUAGGCUGGGUUUGACGAUACUUAUAAAUUUACUCUUUUUAACAAAUAUAGCGUUAACUUUCAAUGUUGAUACGGCAAUACCGGAGUACUUUAGUAAUAACGAGAAUGGAUCAUUUUUUGGUUAUUCUAUCGCCUUUAAUAGAUAUGAAUUAGGGCUUAUGAUAGGUGCUCCUUUGAGUAAAGAAGCACCUUCUGGAAGUGGCGGAGCAUUAUAUCGCUGUGGAUAUAACAAGAGGCAGGAUUAUGGUUGUGCAGUUGUGAAAAAUGCAGAUGUAAAAGAAGGUGCAGGGGAUGAUAGACAGCACCAGUGGCUUGGAGCAACAGUUUCUUCAAAUAACCGAAUAACAUUGGCUUGUGCUCCACGUUUUGCAAAUAGAGGCACUAGUGGGAAUGAUUUUUUUUUGCUAGGAAAAUGCGUAAAUAUUCUAGAAAAGGACAGCAGUUAUGCUUGGAAGCCAUGUGCUGCACAUAUGGAUAGAUUUCAGGAAUUCGGUUACUGCCAAGCAGGGUUUGCCGCUAAGAUUUUUGGAGGAGGGGAUAAUAAAUUGCUGUCUGGUCUUCCUAAUAUACAGUUAAAUACAGGACGAUUGGCUAUUGCACCACAGGGAGGAGCAAGUGCAAGUUUUACACCAAAAACAUAUUUGAAUUAUUCAGAUUAUAUGGGUUAUGCUGUGACCAGUGGAAAGUUUCACAAGGAUAAAAAUACAGUCAUUGUGGUUGGUGGAAGUCCACGUGGAAAUGAAUUGGGUGGAAAGGUGAUUAUGUACUUCACUGACAAUGGCUCCCCUGUUUUCUCAAGUGUGAUUAAUGACCCUUCCAAACAGACCGGAACUUACUUUGGAUCUGCUUUGGCAGCUGUGGCAAUAGAUAAAGUAAAAGUAUAUGCAGAUUUAGUUGUUGGUGCACCUUUUUUUGCCGGCUCCACUGUCAAUGAAGGAAUUGUUUAUGUUUAUAAAAAUAACAAACAGAAUUCUUUGGAACUGGUUCAAAGAUUGUAUGGUGAAAAACAACAAGGAGCCAUGUUUGGAUAUGCUAUUGGUAGUGUUGGAGAUCUAAAUCAGGAUAACUAUAAUGAUAUUGCUGUGGGCGCACCAUGGGGUGGAGAAAAUGGUAAAGGUGUUGUUUAUUUGUAUUAUGGUAGUGCGAACAAUGAACCUUUUUUAUUAAAACAGACGUUAUAUGCAAGUAAAUUGGAUAAUAAAUUAGAUGGGUUUGGUUUUUCUUUUGCUGACUAUCAUGCGUAUAAAGUGCCAGCAGUUAGUGCUAAUAUUUUGAACGAUGUUGACAAUAACAAUUACCCGGAUCUUGCUGUUGGUUCAUACAGAUCUAAUCACGUUGUUUUGUUCAAGUCAAGACCUGUUAUUGAUGUGUUAUGUGAUAUCAAAGGUCUAGAUGGUGUUAAAAUUGAUUUGUAUGAUCUUACAGAUAUGUGCACAAAUCCAGUUGAUAAAAAGAAAUACAAGUGCAUUACAUCUUUUGAUGUAUGUUUCACAUUGACGAACAGUGAUAAAGAAGAAGCUGUAAAUUAUACUGUAGUCAUUGACUCAGAGAAAAAGGCUGGUCGAAGAGGUUUCAUUCAACUUGCAAAUGGUGAUAAAGUCAGUCAACUUACGGGUGUACUGGAGAAAGUUAAAACAGUUACAUGUAUUACACCGAAAUAUGUAAUUUAUUUAUAUAAUAACACUAAGGAUAUCAAUAAGGAAAUGUAUGUUAAAGUCAGUUGGCUGUUACAACCAGGAAAAGACUGUACCAGCACGCUAUGUCCAAUAGCAAACGAGAUGUCUAAUUUAAAGCGAGUGGUGAAGAUUCACUACAUAAAAGGAUGUAGCGGUGAUGGCAAUAAUGUUUGUAACACCAAAUUAAGUAUUAAGUUAGGGAAAGCUCUUGAAGGAGGCUAUGAGACUAUUCAAGUUGGUGUCACAAAAGUUCUGAACAUCACUGCGACUAUCAAAAAUAAAGGAGAGAAUGCUUUCGACAAUAACUUAAGAAUUGGUUAUCCCAAAGAAGUUAACCCUAACAAAGUUGUGAUCAAAAAUUUUGCUGGUACUCCUGUGUGGGAUCCAAAUAUAAAUAGAGCAGGCGGACAGGCUGUUGUCGGGGUCACACUACCUUCUCCAAUUGCACCGAAUGAAGAGUAUGUGGUGUCCGUAGAAUUCGGAGUUGCCAGAGUCUCUAAAGGAACUGAGCGUCUCACAUUUGAAGGAUGGCUUAAAACCGAAAGUGAAGAGAUGGAACCAGCUGAUAAUAAUGAUACAUUAACCAUCCCGGUUGCCUUAAUAGCAAAUUUAACUGUAACAGGAAAUGUGGUACCAGAACAAAUCAAAUGGGACAGCGCUGCCAAAGCUGAUAAAGUUGGUCCCGAAGUCGUGCAUACUUUUUAUUUUCAAAACCUUGGUCCGAGUACUGCUGACACAUCUGACGUAGUAAUCAAUUUCCCUUUGAAAUAUGAAGGUCAAAUUAUGUUUAACAUAUUCAAGGCGCAGCUCGAAGGGAGUGACAAGACAAAGAGUGCUGGGACUUGCGCUUACGGAAAACUAAACCCGUUGGGCCUGGACGUAACAACAUCACAGCAAGGUAGUGGAAACGUAACAGCGAAGAAAUUGAGAACGCGUCGAGAAGUCGACAGCAGUAUAGUGCAGCUAGGUUGCGGUGGAAGUGUAGAAUGUAGAGAAAUUAAGUGUUCACUAGGUUUGUUGAAGAAGUCAGACGGCGUCACUCUCAAAAUCACUUCGAAUCUAGUUGCAAGCACCUUUCAACAGAAGGUGAAAGAUAGUCGAAUAAUCAAUGUUCAAGCGAAAUUUACAUCAACAGCUGUUGACAAGCCAAAAAAUGCUGCCCCAGAUACUGUCAUUAUUCCCUUUACAGCGUUAACACCAAAUUUAACAAAGGAAGAAGACACGGAAUUUCCAUAUUGGAUUGUAAUUGUUUGCAUCUUAGCUGCCAUCUUGAUUAUUGCUAUUAUAGUGUUUAUCAUGUACAAGAAAGGGUUCUUCAAACGUAAGAAGAUGGGCGAAGAAGAAGAAGAAGAAGGAUUACGAGGUAACGAAGCGGAAGAUUAAAAACUUCCCCAGGACGAUUAGAGCUGAAUAUUUGAUGUGCGCAGUACUCAAAGCCGUCGGGAGAGUGGUCACACUAACAGUAACAAAUUAUUUAACGUAAUUUAUUUUUUACGCUGAAUUACUAACAACAUACACAUGUGAGUUUGAGGAGUCGCGUCGAUCAUUUCAGAAGCUUAUCCUGUCCUUCCCUUUCGUUAGAAACACUUCGGUUUUUUUUAUUAUUAUUUAAUAGUUUAUUAUUCUUACUAAUAACUGGAAUAUUUUUUAUUUUAUACGACUUCGCGUAGUUCAUGCAGCUUAGCGUAGGUUGAAUUUUUGAUAUGCAGAUAACGCUACUAUCUUUGUUUUGUUUAUGUUUAAAACUUUUAUAUAACUAAACACUAACCCUUUAUGUUGCGCCGUUAUUUAAAAUUUCCAGUGUUUUUGGUACUGUAAAUAUCUGUGAAGACAAACUUGUGGAGGGCUAACAUUAACAUUAUGCCGAUAUUUUAGUCAAAUAAAAAACUAGUCAUGGCUGCACCUACCUAACUAAAUCUUCUUUAAUAUUUGUAAAGAUUUUCUUCUUGUGUUAGUACAAUUUACUGUUUGUUUGGUUUUUUUAGGCGUUUCGACCAAGUAGAAUAUUGAAAUUUGCAAUCCUGUUGCUAGCCUUCUUUGAGUUUAGGCAGGAUAUAAUGGAGGUGGAGUCGUGUCUUUUUACGGGUAUAUUUUUGUACUGCGAGACUACUAUAUACACGGUGUUUCUCUCUUCGUGUUAUCUCGACGAUGUAGAGCUAAUGUUCUUCGAUUUUUUUUCGAUUAAAAGUUACUAUGUGAACUUACAAGCAGUACAUCUUGAUAAAUGUUCGUUAUUUGAUUAUAUUUUUCAUAUAUAUAAUGUGUAUAAUUUGUGUAGUUUCAAAUUAAUGUUUUUUCUAUUGUUAAUUACCGUGAUGAUGUCAAAACGAAGGUUUAAAGUAGCUUUUAAUAAACACGUGUCGAUUUUUGAA